AUUCAUUGGUGUAUUUCGAUAUAAGGGAAUUCCCACCAAGCAAGGCUGUGCACCGUGCAGACAGCCAUUUUCUUGUGUUUUGACGUUUAGACAGUAUUCAACCCAUCAUCAUAAACAAGUAACAAAGUAUUUAGAAACAUGAGGUGGAAAACCUUUUACCUGGGACUUUUCUGCGUGUUUUUAGUGGCGGGUGUUUGCUCAGCAGCUGAUGAAGAAGGGGACGUGACAUUAGAGGAUGACAUUGGAAAGAGUCGUGAUGGUUCCAGGACAGACGAUGAAGCAGUGCAGAGGGAAGAGGAGGCAAUCAAGUUAGAUGGACUGAAUGUCGCUCAAAUGAAGGAACUACGGGAAAAGGCGGAGAAACAUGUAUUCCAGGCGGAGGUCAACCGUAUGAUGAAACUUAUCAUCAACUCCCUCUACAAAAACAAAGAGAUUUUCUUGAGAGAGUUGAUCUCCAAUGCUUCUGACGCUUUGGAUAAAAUCCGUUUCCUGUCACUUACGGAUAAAUCGGCUCUGUCAGCAACAGAAGAACUCAGCAUCAAGAUUAAGGCUGACAAAGACAACCAUGUCCUGCAUGUCACAGACACUGGAAUCGGUAUGACUCACAACGAUCUGAUCAACAACCUCGGUACCAUCGCACGAUCCGGCACCAGCGAGUUCCUGACCAAACUCGGUGAAGCUCAUUCUCAGACUGAGAUGUCCGAUCUCAUUGGACAGUUUGGAGUCGGUUUCUAUUCAUCUUUCUUGGUUGCUGACCGUGUGAUUGUGACCUCAAAGAACAACGAUGAUGAGCAGUAUGUCUGGGAGUCUGACUCCGAGAGCUUCUCUGUUGUGAAGGACCCCCGAGGAAACACUCUGGGCAGAGGAACCACAAUUAGUCUUCACCUGAAGGAGGAGGCUCAUGACUUCCUGGAGGAGAAUACAGUCAAGGACUUGGUGAAGAAAUAUUCUCAGUUCAUUAACUUCCCCAUCUACAUCUGGGCUAGCAAGACUGAAGAAGUUGAGGAGCCUCUUGAAGAGGAGGAAGAGAAGAAAGAGGAAGCCACCAAGGAUGAGGACAAGGAGGAAGAUGAGGAAGGAAAGGUUGAGGAGGAGAAGGAUGAGGACAAACCUAAGACCAAGAAAGUCUCCAAGACUGUGUGGGACUGGGAACUGAUGAACAGUGUCAAACCUAUAUGGACCAGAAAAACUGAUGAUGUAAGUGAUGAUGAGUACAACGAGUUUUACAAAUCCAUCUCCAAGGACAGUGAGCAGCCCCUGGCUAGGACCCAUUUCACCGCAGAAGGAGAGGUCACCUUCAAAUCCAUCCUGUAUGUCCCCAAGGCCUCCCCCCAUGACAUGUUCUCAAACUACGGAAAGAAAUUGGAAUCCAUCAAGAUGUAUGUCAGAAGAGUUUUUAUCACUGAUGACUUUGAAGACAUGAUGCCCAAAUACCUCAGCUUUGUCAAGGGAGUUGUGGACUCUGAUGAUCUACCUCUGAAUGUUUCCCGUGAGACCCUGCAACAACACAAACUCCUGAAGGUCAUCAAGAAGAAGUUGGUCAGAAAGACACUGGACAUGAUCAAGAAAAUCGGCAAGGACGACUACGAGAAGUUCUGGAAGGAGUACUCCACAAACAUUAAACUGGGAGUGAUUGAGGACCAGUCCAACAGAACUCGUCUGGCCAAACUGCUUAGGUUCUACUCCUCCAACUCUGACACGGAACAGACCAGUCUGCCCGACUACAUCGAGAGGAUGAAGGAGAAACAAGAGGCCAUAUACUUCGUUGCUGGAACCAGCAGGAGCGAGGUUGAGAAAUCUCCAUUUGUGGAACGCCUUCUGAAAAAGGGAUACGAAGUCCUCUUCCUUGUGGAGCCUGUUGAUGAAUACUGCAUCCAAUCUCUCCCAGAGUUUGAAGGCAAGAAAUUCCAAAAUGUUGCCAAGGAAGGACUGACAAUUGAUGACUCUGAAAAGGCCAAGGAGCGCAAGGAAGCCAUGGAGAAAGAAUAUGAACCAUUGACAAAAUGGCUGCAGGAACUUGACUCUCUGAAGGAGAAGAUCAGCAAGGCUACAGUGUCUGACAGACUAACAAAGUCUCCCUGUGCCCUGGUAGCUAGCACCUAUGGCUGGUCAGGAAACAUGGAAAGGAUCAUGAGAUCCCAAGCAUAUGCCAAACAGCAGGAUCCUUCUCAACAAUUUUACUCAACCCAGAAGAAAACUUUAGAAAUCAACCCCAGACAUCCUUUGAUUAAAGAGCUGAAAUCACGAGUUGAUGCCAAUGCUGACGAUCAGAUUGCCAAAGACCUUGCUGUAGUCAUGUUUGAGACAGCCACCCUCCGGUCAGGAUUUGCUCUGCAAGACUCUGCUGGGUUCGCUGAGAGGGUAGAACAUAUGCUGAGAGAAGCCAUGAGCAUUCCUCAAGAUGCCAAAAUUGAAGAUGAGCCUGAAGAUGACGAGGCAGUGGAAGAAGAUAAACCAGAAGAGGUUGGUGAUGAGGAUGAAGAUGACAAGUUUUCGUGUGGAUCAAACUGUCAACCAAGGAGAAAAUUACUUUGGUUCGGUGAUGAUAAGGACAAGGAUACUGACGGAGAUGGUAUACCUGACCAUCUUGAUGACGACGAUGACAACGAUGGGAUUCCCGAUAGCAAAGACAACGACGACGAUGGCGAUGGAAUAAGCGAUGACAAAGAAUACUGCGACAAAGACGGGUGCAAAACCUUGAAAGAUUCCGAUGGGGAUGGAAUUCCCGAUCACCUGGACGAUGAUGAUGAUGGCGAUGGGAUUCCCGACGAUAAGGAAAAAGACACAGAUGGCGAUGGGAUUCCUGAUUAUUUGGAUGAUGAUGACGAUGGGGAUGGGAUUCCAGACGAUAAAGACAACGAUGAUGAUGGGGACGGGGUACCAGACAAUAUGGAGGACACAGAUGGAGAUGGAAUCCCUGAUCAUUUGGAUAAGGAUGAUGAUGGAGAUGGCAUUCCAGAUGACAAAGAGAAGGAUACGGAUGGUGACGGAAUUCCAGACUAUCUAGAUGACGAUGAUGAUAAUGAUGGGAUCCCUGACUCCCAGGACAAAGACGAUAAUGGAAAUGGUAUUCCAGAUCAUUUAGAAGUCGACAGUGAUGGAGAUGGAAUUCCAGAUUACCUCGAUGAUGAUGAUGAUAAUGACGGGAUCCCUGACCAUUUGGACAAGGACGACAAAGAGAAAGACACUGAUGGUGACGGAAUUCCAGAUUAUCUAGAUGACGACGAUGAUAAUGAUGGAAUUCCUGACGUUGAUGAUGACGAUGCCGAUGGCGAUGGUAUUCCUGAUAAACUUGAAAUUGAUACAGAUGGUGAUGGGAUACCAGAUUACUUGGAUAAUGAUGAUGAUGGGGAUGGAAUUCCUGACUCUGAAGAUAAAGACGAUGAUGGCGACGGAAUUCCAGAUGACAAGGAAAAAGAUACAGACGGUGACGGUAUCCCGGAUUAUCUUGAUGAUGAUGACGAUGGAGAUGGUAUUCCAGAUAGUGAAGACAAAGAUGAUGAUGGGGAUGGUAUUCCUGAUGACAAAGAAAAAGAUACAGAUGGAGAUGGCAUUCCAGAUUAUCUCGAUAAUGAUGACGAUGGUGAUGGAAUUCCAGAUAGUUUGGACAAUGAUGAUGAUGGUGACGGAAUAACUGAUGAUAAGGAAAAAGACACUGAUGGAGAUGGAAUUCCAGAUUACUUAGACGAUGAUGACGAUAAUGAUGGUAUUCCAGACUCAGAGGAUGAUGAUGCCGAUGGAAAUGGCAUUCCUGAUUACAAGGAAAAAGACACAGAUGGUGAUGGUAUUCCAGACUACUUAGAUGACGAUGAUGAUAAUGACGGAAUUCCUGAUCAUCUUGAUAAUGACGAUGAUGGAGAUGGAAUCCCAGAUGACAAGGAGAAAGACACAGAUGGUGAUGGAAUUCCAGAUUACUUAGACGACGAUGAUGAUGGUGAUGGAAUUCCCGAUGAUAAAGACAACGAUGAUGAUGGAGAUGGAAUCCCGGAUAACCAGGAAGACUCAGACGGUGAUGGAAUUCCAGAUAGCCUAGAUAAAGAUGAUGACGGCGACGGAAUACCCGAUGACCAAGAGAUUGACACGGAUGGUGACGGAAUACCGGAUUAUUUAGAUGAUGACGACGACAAUGAUGGGAUUCCAGAUCAUCUAGAUGAUGAUGAUGACGGCGAUGGUAUUCCAGAUUAUAAAGAGAUAGAUACUGAUGGUGAUGGUAUUCCAGAUUAUCUGGAUGACGAUGACGAUAAUGAUGGUAUUCCAGAUAGUCAAGACUCGGAUGCUAAUGGAAAUGGCAUUCCAGAUUAUAUGGAAAAAGAUACCGACGGAGAUGGAAUUCCCGAUUAUCUAGAUGAUGAUGAUGAUAAUGACGGUAUUCCAGAUGAUCAAGAUGAUGACGACGAUGGUGACGGUAUUCCGGAUAGCAAAGAAGACACUGAUGGCGAUGGUAUUCCUGAUUAUCUAGACAAUGACAGUGACGGGGACGGUAUCCCCGAUAAACUGCCCGACUCUGAUGGAGACGGCGUUCCUGAUAAAUUUGAUAAUGACGAUGAUGGUGAUGGAAUCCCGGAUGAUAAGGAGAAAGACACAGAUGGUGAUGGCAUUCCAGAUUAUCUUGACCAUGAUGAUGAUGGUGAUGGUAUUCCAGAUGCUCAAGACAAUGAUGAUGAUGGUGAUGGUAUUCCAGAUGACAAAGAGAAAGACACAGAUGGAGAUGGAAUUCCAGAUUACUUGGACGAUGAUGAUGAUGGUGAUGGUAUUCCAGAUUCUCAAGACAAUGAUGAUGAUGGUGAUGGUAUUCCAGAUGACAAACAGAAAGACACAGAUGGAGAUGGAAUUCCAGAUUACUUGGACGAUGAUGAUGAUGGUGAUGGUAUUCCAGAUGCUCAAGACAAUUAUGAUGAUGGUGAUGGUAUUCCAGAUGACAAACAGAAAGACACAGAUGGUGAUGGUAUUCCAGAUUAUCUUGACGAUGAUGAUGAUGGUGAUGGUAUUCCAGAUUCUCAAGACAAUGAUGAUGAUGGCGAUGGAAUUCCAGAUGAUAAGGAGAAAGACACAGAUGGUGAUGGUAUUCCAGAUUAUCUUGACGAUGAUGAUGAUGGUGAUGGUAUUCCAGAUUCUCAAGACAAUGAUGAUGAUGGUGAUGGUAUUCCAGAUGACAAAGAGAAAGACACAGAUGGAGAUGGAAUUCCAGAUUACUUGGACGAUGAUGAUGAUGGUGAUGGUAUUCCAGAUGCUCAAGACAAUGAUGAUGAUGGCGAUGGAAUCCCUGAUGACAAAGAAAAAGACACAGAUGGAGACGGAAUUCCGGAUUAUUUAGACAAUGAUGAUGAUGGCGAUGGAAUUCCAGAUGAUAAAGAAAAAGACACUGAUGGUGAUGGAAUUCCAGAUUACUUGGACGAUGAUGAUGAUGGUGAUGGUAUUCCAGAUUCUAAAGAUAAUGAUGAUGAUGGCGAUGGAAUCCCUGAUGACAAAGAGAAAGACACGGAUGGAGAUGGAAUUCCAGAUUACUUAGACGAUGAUGAUGAUGGCGAUGGAAUACCUGAUAAAUUAGAUAGUAAUUAUGAUGUUAUAGACAAAGAGGUGGAUACUGAUGGCGACGGAAUACCUGAUUAUUUAGAUGAUGACGAUGAUAAUGAUGGUAUUCCUGAUAGCCAAGACGCUGAUGCCAAUGGAAACGGAAUUCCAGAUUUUAUGGAGAAGGAUACUGAUGGUGAUGGUAUCCCGGAUUACUUGGACGAUGAUGACGAUAAUGAUGGCAUCCCGGAUGAUGAAGACGAUGACGAUGAUGGUGAUGGCAUACCAGAUGACCAAGAGGAUGCUGAUGGUGAUGGAAUUCCAGACUAUUUGGAUACAGAUAGUGAUGGAGAUGGAGUUCCAGACAAACUUCCAGACUUAGACGGUGAUGGCAUUCCAGAUAAAUUUGAUAAAGAUGAUGACGGUGACGGAAUUCCAGAUGUUCGAGAAGGCAAGCGUAUAAAUCCUUCAUCCAAAGUAUCUCAAUCUAAAACUAAUAAUCCAAAAUCUAAGACUAAAAGUGAUGAUGAUGAUGAUGACGAUGAUGAUGAUGAAAACGAUAGCCAACAAUCUUUAUUUUCUAGAAUUGUGACCGCCGUAAAGGAAAUGGUUUUACCGAGCGAUGUGUCUUCUGAGGAUAAAUCAAGGAAUCUUAAGAAAAAUCCUAAUCCAACACGAAUCAAGAACAAAGGAAAACAAUUAAAAGGACAUGAAGAAGAAUUAGAUCUCGUAGACUUGGUAAAGAGUGCAUUUUCUGAAAAUAAAGAUAAAAAUGACAAUCAAAAGGAAAAAGCUAAACAAAGAAAUGUGUCUUAAUUUUUUUAAUUUUUUUUUGUGUAGUUUGAUGGCAUUAUUGAAUUUAAUCUACUUUAAAGUUUAAUUUAUAAGAUUAAUUUUUUUAAGUUUCGAAUUUAAAGGAUAAACUGCCUUAAUAUAAUAUGUACAUGUUGGUGGAUAAAACUCCUAAAAGAGGAUAUCAAGAUCUCAACUCACUAGUUUAAUUUUGUUGUAAUUGCGUUUGUGUGGGAUUUUUUUUUUUCUCAUGUUAUUUCAAACAUGUAUGAUAAUUUAGAAAGUUUUUUUUUUCUCGUAUGUAUCUACAAUAGUUCAUCAGAUAGCUUCAUAAAACAUUCCUCCUAAGAAAUUUAUCAUUUUCCUAGCUUAUAUUUAUUUCUAAAGUUUAUGUUGGAAUAUCAAAUGCCUUUUAUGUAUACCUUUGUUGUUUACCUAUGUAUAUCAAUUCAUAAUUUAAAAAACGUCACAAUUUGAAAGAAUAUUUUAUGGUUUAUUAAUAUGUUAUACUUUAAGUUCAUAUACAUUUAUACUUAAUUACAUUUAUUGUUUCUUAUGAUAUUUUGGUUUAUACAAUAGUGUUUUCAAUUUUUAAUUUUGCAUUGAAUUGCAUAUAUCUUUAACCUUAAAAUGUUAAUAAGCUAGUUAUUGAUAUUUAAUAUCAUUACAGUACCAAUCAGACCCAACCUAACACCAGAGUAAACCCCAUGUAAACCCCGAGUUUACUUUUCUGGAUUUACCUUUUGAAAAUCUGGGUCCACUCGGGCUUACUUUGGGUUCGCUCUGGGUGUACUUUGGGUUAACUCGAGAAUUGCGUUUUAGGUCAACUGUACGCUCUGAAGUGUGAAGCAGACCCAUCAUUUAUCUUAUCAUCUUACUGCCUGUAAUUCCUGCCCCUUGUAUAUUCCGAAUACACUAUUUGCGUCUGCUUUCAGGGGUAUACUUCUGAUCGGGGUUUACUUUCUGUGUUCACUCUGGGUUUACUUUGGGUUUACUCUAGAUCUGCGUCCACUCUAGUAAACCCGGAGUAAACCCAGAAUGUAAUCCCGGGGUUUAGUUGUGGUUUACUUUCUGUUAUGUUAGGUCUUAUCGGUACUGUAUUUUCCAAUGUAGUUGCGUAUUUUUUUUUCACAAUCUUGUAUUGUUCGUUACAUGCGUUGUUUACAAGUCCCUUUUUUGUAACUAACUGUAAACAUUGGGCAUUCAAAAUUAUACAGGUACAUGUACACUUAUAAGUACGAAAAUACUGUAAAAUAUUUUUUUUCCUUCGUUUAUCCUUUGACAGUCCAGUACUGGUUGUAUUUUGUUUAAUUAUCAUAGAAAUAUUUAAAUUUCAGUUAAUUUCAAUUCAUGCAUGGCUCCUACAUAUAAGAACUAGUAUCAAAAUAGACAUUUAUUCAGUUUAAGUUCUAUAUUUUAGAAUGUCGAAGUACUAUCAGGUCUCAACAAUCAAUGACUUAAUUUAUUGCUCAAAAAUAUGUUGUUAAUUACAUUUUUGUGUGCCAUAAAUAUGAUACAGUUACAAAUAUAUUUAGAUUUUAUUUGUAUAUAAACCAGCUUGAAGUCACCUCCUAAAGUUUUGCUAUGUUUUUGGUUUUGUUUUUAAUAUCAGAUAUUCAUGUACUGCUUUAAUUCCUUUACAUUUUAUGCUUUUAGUUUGUUAUUGCUACUUAUUAUCAAUGCCUCAAUAUCCUGUUAAUCCUGGAUUCUAAUGUUGUACUCAUGAUUUUUUUUAAUAAAGCAGGCCAGGAUGUUAAAAAUCUUCGUAAUCUGCUAUUUGCGUGCAUGGGAUAAAGAGUGAAUGGUUCGAACAACACUCAUGUUAUUUUUCUUGAUAUGUGUAUCAAAACUUACCAUUGCUAUAUAUUUGGGUAAUUUUCUAGUAGCUUUUUACAUGAAAGAGUAAUUUUAUAUACAAAAAACUAAUAAUUAUUAUGAUGAAAAUGAUAACUGUAAUGAUGAUAAUAAUUAUUAUUGGUUUUUUUUAUUAUUAUGAAUGAUGAUAAAACACGUUUUGGAGGUUCUGUGCUAUUUUUAAUGUGGUCAUUUAUAUUCUUGUCAUUUCCUGUGCAUAAGAUAGUUAUAGUUGAACGAUUUUUUUGGUUGGAAUAUUUAAAUAUUUAAAAAUUGAAAAUAAACCAUUAUUAUGA